GCCCGCAGGCCGGCAAUCAGCGCCGCGUCCGGACAGGCGCCGCGAUGGACGCCCCGCGCCCGCCGCCCGAAGGGUCCUCGCCGAGGGGUCCUGAGGCCGUUACCGCCGUUGCCGUGGAGACGGCGUCCCGCGCCGCGCCGGCACCGAUGGAUGAGCGGGGCGGCUCCGGCGAGCGGGCUCCGGCCGACGGCGGAGACCGGGCCGAGGCCGAGGAGCGGGCCGCAGACGACGGCGGGGACCGGGCCGACAGCGCGGGAAACGCUUCGGAGGCCCGCGGGGAUGGCGGCGCCCUGCGGCAGCAAGAGGCGGGGCGCGGGGAGGACGCUUCCGGCCGCGCGCGGAGGCGCCUUCCGGUACCACUGCGCAUGCGCGGUAGGGAUGAGGUGCGUGCUGAGAGCGGCGGGGAGGAGCCUGGCGUGCGGGGGGAGGGGGAGAGCGAGGGCGAGAGCGAGGAGGACGGCGGAGAGCGGGAGGCGGCCGGCGAGGAGGACGAGCAGGGAGAGCAGCGGGAGCAGAGCAGUGAGGAGGACGAGGAGCCGAGCCCCGCCGCCAUGCUGGACGUGUUCCGCUCCAUCCCCACGCAGAUGGACUACAAGGGCCAGAAAUUAGCGGAACAGAUCUUCCAGGGCAUCAUUCUUGUCUCUGCCGUAAUUGGUUUCAUCUUCGGAUAUGUCACUGAGCAGUUUGGAUGGACUGUCUACAUAGUUAUGGCUGGAUUUGCAUUAUCCUGUUUGCUGACGCUCCCUCCUUGGCCCAUGUACCGCCGCAACCCCCUCAAGUGGCUGCCUGUGCAGGAGUCGGGCACAGAGGAUAAGAAGCCAGCAGACAGAAAACCAAAAAGGCAUUCUAAAAGCUAAAUAAAACGGUUCUUUGUUGUGGUA